UCUUUCUCUCCUUGCUUUCUGUGCCUCUGAAAGGCAGUGUUUCUAUGCCAUCUAGCUAGAAAGCGCAGGGCAAGCAGCCUGCCCCAGGCAGCUAGAAAAUUAACAAAAGGUUAGGAGCAGACGAACAGUGGGACUUGGUAGCUAAGUGUUGCCUUUAGAUUCGUUUGGGCACAUCGUUUUGUUGUGAUUUCAUGGGGAGAGCUCCGUGUUGCGAUAAGAACAACGUGAAGAAAGGGCCGUGGUCUCCUGAGGAGGAUACCAAGCUCAAGGAGUUCAUCGAGAAGCAUGGCACCGGCGGCAACUGGAUUGCCCUUCCACAGAAAGCAGGGUUGAGGAGAUGUGGCAAGAGCUGUAGGCUUCGAUGGCUAAACUACCUGAGGCCCAACAUCAAGCAUGGGGAGUUCACUGAGCAUGAAGACAGGGUCAUCUGCAGCAUGUAUGCAAGUAUAGGAAGCAGGUGGUCGAUCAUAGCGUCGCAGCUCCCCGGCCGGACCGACAACGACAUCAAAAACUACUGGAACACCAAACUGAAGAAGAAACUUCUGGGAAGCUCCACCACAGCCGCUCCCCCUCACCGCGCACCGCGGCAGCAGCACCGGCAACUGAAUCUCAUGCUCCCUCACUCAUCACCCUCCUUAGCCCAACCAACUUACAAUGGCUUCUUCCCCAGCGCCGGCUCCCUCCACGACCCAAUCAUCCCUGCAUUAACACUGCCACCGUCCCAAGACUACAUGCUGAGCGCUGGAAUUGCCAUUCCAAACGCCACUUCACUGAUGCACGCACACGGCGCGAGGCAGCAGCAGCUUCACCACCAUGUGGUGAAGGAGGAGAGCGUCAGCAUGAUAGUGUUCGGCAGCGACCAGCAGAGCUGCAGCUCGUCGGACGGUGCGCACAGCCAGCAGCAAUUUGGCCAUGGCAAGGAGCUGAGCUUGGACGGCUUCUACGGCUACAACAAUGGCAUCGAGCAAGACCACAGGUUGCUUCUGCUUCAAGAUCAUCACCAGGCUCAGGGACCAGUCGAGUACAACUACGAGGAGAUCAAGCAGCUGCUCAUGAGCUCAGCCGCUGGUAAUUUGCUUGGCGGCCACGGCCAGGACGGCGGCAUGGAGGGGUUUGGUUCGCAAGGGAAGGUGACGAUGAUGUAAAUUGUUUGAGAAACAUGGAAAGGUGAUUGAUCAAGUGUGUGUUUUACUUCUGUAAUCUUUUUACCGUCUAGUGUACUAGUGUUCGUGUGCGCGCGCGCGCGCGCGCCCUGUGUCAUGGCUGCAUACACGUGCCAGCGUAGCUCACGUUACAGCAGCCUGUGUAUGUGACCGUGACAUGGGAUCGAGAUUCCCUCCCUCUCUCCUCCUAUUACUGUUGUACUUCUCUUUCUUUUUCUCACCAGAGGUAUAGUGUCAUCAGCUACUGUGGAAACUGUGUUUGGAGUCUUUGGACAGGGCACCACGGUGUUCCUUCUAUCGGGUUGGUGCUACCAGCCUAC